AUGAACUCCGUAGCCUCCAAACGUCUCUACCAAGAGUACAAACACCUCACCACCGACCCGCCCGAGGGCAUCACCGCCGGCCCCGUCAGCGAAGACGACCUGUUCGUCUGGGAAGCCAUCAUCGCCGGGCCUGAGGGCAGUCCGUACGAAGGGGGAGUGUUUCCGGCGGAGCUGAAGUUCCCCAAGGACUAUCCUUUGAUGCCGCCGACGAUGAAGUUCCUGUGUGAUUUGUGGCAUCCUAAUGUCUACACGAACGGCAACGUCUGCAUAUCCAUCCUGCACGCCCCCGGCGAGGACCCGAAUCACUACGAGCAGGCUUCCGAGCGGUGGUCGCCGAUCCAGAGCGUGGAGAAGAUUUUAAUCUCGGUGAUGAGCAUGAUUGCGGAGCCGAACGAUGAGAGUCCGGCGAAUGUGGAUGCGGCGAGGAUGUGGAGGGAGCGGAGGCCGGAGUUUGAGAAGAGGGUGAAGGCGGAUGUUAGGAAGAGUUUGGGGCUGUAG